GCCACCUACGUACACGAGAACUAUUCAAGCUUUUUCAAUUAUUUUGAUAUUGGCUUAAUUGAAUUGGCUAAAGAUGCUGAAUAUAGUGUCAAGGUUUACCCAACUUGCCUGCACACUGAUCUUACGGAUUUGCCGGAUAACACCGAACUGAUUGUGACCGGUUGGGGAGUCACCGAAAAUAAGACAACUUCAGCUCGCUUGUUGGCAGCCAAGCUGAAUGCGGUAACGCUUGCACAAUGCAACAUUAGCUAUGCGGAUCAGAUGGAUCGUCAUUUACUUCAUGGCAUUGACGAGACGCAGCUUUGUGCUUUUGCUCCGGGGCGAGACGCUUGCUGGGGUGACUCAGGCGGUCCAUUGCAUCUAGUCAAAGAUAAAUCCUUUGGCAAUUAUAGGGUUGUUGGUGUCGUUUCGUUUGGUUUACUUUGUGGUACAAAGUUACCCGGUGUCUAUACCAGGGUGGCGGAAUUUUUGGACUUUAUCGAAAGCAUUGUGUGGCCUGAUGGCUGAUGACUUUAUAAUAUACGAUGAGAUAUGUAUACAUAUAUGCAUGUACAAAAAUUUUACUUGGCUAACUUAUACAAUUUUAUAAGUGAUUUCCAUUACAAUAUCUAGAUUAAGUAAAUAUUUAUAUUUUUGAAAGCAAAUGAAAAUAAAUAUGACAACAAAUAUGUGGACUUUCAUUCAAAAUGAAGUAUUAUUUUACCUAAUUCAGCAUAGAUGUUAUUUUUCUUGAAGAAUAAACACAGUCUCAUAGUAGACAUUUCUAUUA